UUCCCCAACCUCUCUCCUCGUUUCGCCCGUGUUGACCCGACGUAUCAACCGCGAGCGCUUACCAUUUUCCUCCCUCCCCGCCAGAACCGUCUCGAAGGGCUCCUAGAUCGGUGGCACCUGCCUCUCAACGCCGCCGCUGCUGGUGCCUCUCCCCUUACCCCGCGUUUCUUUUUUUCCCCGUUGAUUCUUGGAGGGGUUUCUUGCCUCCUCCUCCUCCCACGGUUCUUGAGGCAUGCAGAGCCAGAUCGUGUGCCAUGGGUGCAGGAGCUUGCUACUCUACCCGAGAGGUGCCCCGAGUGUCUGCUGCGCGGUUUGCCACGCAGUCACCAGUGCGCCGCCUCCAGAAAUGGAGAUGGCUCGACUUAUUUGUGGUGGCUGCCAAACUUUAUUAAUGUAUACUCGCAACGCAACCACUGUUAGAUGCUCAUGUUGUGACACAGUCAAUCUUGUCAGGCCAGUGAGUAGUAUUGCUCAUGUGAACUGCGGCCAGUGUCAAACAGUGUUAAUGUAUCCAUACGGAGCACCGUCUGUCAAAUGUGCAAUCUGCAACUUCAUUACAAAUGUUGGGGUGACUACCGUGAGACCUUUGCCACCUGCGCUACCUUCACCAAGUGGAAAUUCAUAUAACAUCCCGUCAACAUCGAUUCCGACCAGUCAAUCACAGAAUGUAACUGUUGUCGUUGAAAAUCCAAUGACAGUAGAUGAAAAGGGAAAAUUGGUGAGCAGCGUUGUAGUUGGGGUUACACCUGGUGGGAAAAAGUGACGUAUCAGCACCAGUGCAACUUUGUUCUAUGUUUAAUAUCUGAAAAAGUUGGAAAUACCUUGUAUUAUACUUCUGUUUUGUGAUCGAUUGCUCGAGGAAGGACCCCCCGAAGAGCAUGGAGGCACGCCGCGCCUUUGCCUCCGCGAUCACCCCAGAACGAACAGAGUGUGGGUGUCGAUACUCAGAACUGUAGCUUGUUACCCUUGAUUCUUUUGUAUGUAAUAUGGGCUCUGUUAGACAUCAAUGUGUGAUCAAAUCCUCUCCCAUGGGCUCUUGCCGCCUUCUCAGUGAAUAACAACAACAAAAGACGUUGCAAAUGGCUCUUGAAUUACA